GUUUAGUUUCAGUUUUAAAUAAUAAAUUUCAAUAUGAACUAUUUCAAUUCACGCAAUAAUGUUUGUGUUCUUCGGCACUUCCUGUUGAUGUCAUUAAAAAUAAAAACAGAGACUACAAAGUGGUUUAUACAAAGUAAAACAACAUGUCAAAGACAGCAAUUAAAGAGCCUUCCAUUGUGGAUGACUUCAUGUAUGGCAGCAAUGUGGCAACAGCCCACAUCACAAUCAGAAUGGGGUUUCUCCGCAAGGUAUAUGGCAUCCUCACUUCCCAGCUGUUGCUGACCUCCUUGGUUGGAUUCAUCUUCAUGAUGCAUGAAGGCAUCAAAAACUUCGUACAAACCAACAACUGGAUGAUGUUUGUGGCACUGUUUGGUACAUUGGCUAUCAUGUUUCCACUGAUGCUGAAACGACAAGAGACCCCCACAAACUACAUCCUCCUUGCUGCGUUUACACUAAUGGAAGCUUACACAGUAGGAGUUGUUGUGACAAUGUAUGACAAGCUGGUUGUGUUGGAGGCAGUAGUCCUCACACUUGGGGUGACAGCAGCGCUCACCGUGUACACCUUGCAGAGUAAGAGGGACUUCAGCUCCUGGGGGGCGGGAUUGUUUGCCUGCCUCUGGGUGCUGAUCUUGGCCAUGAUUUUACAGAUCUUCUUCCCUACUGAGCUGAUAGACAAGGCCAUCUCGGUGGGAGGGGCGCUACUGUUCUCGCUGUUCAUCGUCUUUGACACAUACAUGAUGAUGCACAAGCUGUCCCCCGAGGAGUACAUGCUGGCUGCCAUCAACCUGUACCUCGACAUCCUCAAUCUCUUCCUGCACAUUCUCCGUAUACUUGGAGACCGACGCAACUGAUGGAUGAGAGGGUGUGUGGGGUGGUGGAAUUAACAUUUGAGCCUUGCUCUGUGAAAAGGGGGUUAAAUGCAUGUGUGGAAAGUGUCGUCCCAGAUUAGCCUGUGCAGUCCCAGAUUAGCUUGUGCUCUUUCACAGAUCGAGGCUCAUUUAAAUACAAAAAUAUCUGUAUUUGUCUUUGUAUCUAAGAUUUUUUUACAUGGACUUUACAAUAGAGGAUUAAAUAAAGUAUGAAAUACAUCGCUUUCUACUGGAAUAUUUAUUAUUUUAAAAAUAUUUAUUUUGUUUCACAAGAGAUGCUUUAAUAUGAACAUGUGCACUUUAAUUUGUUUCCAAUUUAUUUAAAAAAGAACACAACUUUUUCAGGUACUUAUCCGUCAUGCUAAUAUGUACUUGCUAGCUAACACAUUUAGCUUUGUUAAUAUUGAAAAUAUUUAGAAUCUUUGAAUGUUAAGCAUCUUUUAAUUUGAUAUGAUUGUCUGCAAAUCACAUGGCUUUAUUAUUUUACAAAUGAUUCCAUUAUGUUUCCUCUCAUUUAUCAGCACCAUCAUUUAAUAUUUAAAUAAUUGAAUUGUUUGUUUCGUGGUCUGGUGUUUGUCCGAAAGUCUAUUCCUUAAACAUGCUGUGAUUGCUGAGUGGUUACAACUCACUGUAAUUUUUGUAUAUUUAUUAUUUAAUCAUUUGGACCUGAUAGAAAGAUAUUCAUUUCCUGCUUUGCGUCAUUGAAUGAAUUUACAAAGAAAAUGUCAUUAACAUUGCAAUAUCAAAGUAUACAUUAGAAAGUGACUAAAACUUUGUUGUUGUGGUUUCAGUUUUUCAAAAGUUACACAAAUUUUUGACAAUUUAAUUUUUCAAGUUGUUUUUGAUGUCAUAAUAAUUAAUUCAAAUUAAAUUUAUCAAGCUAUAGACAACCUGCUAGCUAAGACAUUGUUCAUCUUUUAUUUUAGGUAAUUGUAAUACAUGAUUGGUGUGUUUAUGGAAGGUUUAUUGUUGAAACCAGGUUAUGUUAAGCUGUGAUUUUUUUCAUGUAUAAAUCUCGUGUUAAUUGUCAUUGUUUAUUUCAGGAACAUGGUGUCACAUUCAUGGUCAUAUUUGUUGCACUUGUUCUUAAUUUUUAAUAUUGUUUAUGUAAAAAUUCAUAUAAAGUUCUAUUAUGAGGAGUAAAUUAAUUCAACAGCAUAUUGAUGUAACAAAGUAUAUUUUUAUCCUUCACUUGUCCACAUACUAUAAACUUCUGCUAGAAGCCUUGUCUUAACCUUUAAAAGCACAACUAAUGAAAUCAUUAUGCAUACCAAAUUCGUGGGCACUAUGUAAAUCUACUUUUUUCGCUAUCAUUUUUGGGGAGGUUUUCAAAUGCAUGUUUUUGUAUAUACUUUUUCAUAACGUUUUAAAAUGUACUUACACAAAUGCACAAAUUUAAUAUACUUUUAUAGUAUGCAAUACUUAAUUCUUGGUUAUUUGCAAUGCUCAAUCAGAUUGUAUUGUUGCUGUUGUUAUUCAAUUCAUGGAAAGGGUUAAUUGUUGAAGAAAUGUUUGCUUAUUUAUUAAAUAAUACAAUUUUCAA